CAGAACUAGAAGGCAAGCAGCUGCAAAAAGAAAAAUUCCAAGAGAGAGAUCAAGGCGAAGAGUCCCCCAAUUUGCAGAGACAUAAACUGAGAGACCAGAGACCAACGCCCAGUGAUGAAAAGAGUCAUGGAGUGAGAGACCAAACUCUGACACCAAGGGAUGAAACAAGACUCCAAGUAAGAGAUAUGAGAUCCAAACUUGGAAACGAUGAGAGAAGCGAACACAGGGAGCAGAGACCAGCUCCAAGACAGGAUGAAAGGAUCCAACAGAGAGACGAGAUACCUUCAACAACAGAUGAUGAGGGCAGUGAAGUAAGAGACGUGAGUCCAGAUGCCAAGAGUGAAGAGAGACACCACCUUAGGGAGCAAAGACCGGAACCCAGGGGUGAUGAGAGAAGACAAAUUAGGGACCAGAGACCAACUGCAACAGAAGAUGAGAGACUUGGAGUGAGACCCCAAACCCAAACACCAACGGAUGAGAGGAGACUCCAAGUAAGAGAUGUGAGACCUGAACUUGGAAAUGAUGAGAGAAGCCAAGACAGGGAGCAGAGACCAGCUCCAAGACAGGAUGAAAGGAUCGAACAUAGAGACCGGAUCCACUUAUCAAGGGAUGAUGAGAGAAACCAAGUGAGAGACCCGAGUCCUGAAUCCCAGAAUGAUGAGAGACAUCGCCUUAGGGAGCAAAGACUGGAACCCAGAGGCGAUGAGAGAACACAAAUUAGGGACCAGAGACCAACUGCAACAGAAGAUGAGAGACUUGGAGUGAGAGUCCUAACACCAAGGGAUGAGAGGAGACUCCAAGUAAGAGACGUGAGACCCGAACUUGCAAACGAUGAGAGAAGCCAAGGGGAACAGAGACCAGCUCCAAGACAGGAUGAAAGGAUCAAACAUAGAGUCCAGAUCCACUUAUCAAGGGAUGAUGAGAGAAACCAAGUGAGAGGCCUGAGUCCUGAACCCCAGAAUGAUGAGAGACAUCACCUUAGGGAGCAAAGACUGGAAUCCAGACAUGAUGAGAGAACACAAAUUAGGGACCAGAGACCAACUGCAACAGAAGAUGAGAGACUUGGAGUGAGAGACCAAAGUCUAACACCAACGGAUGAGAGGAGACUCCAAGUAAGAGAUGUGAGACCUGAACUUGGAAAUGAUGAGAGAAGCCAAGACAGGGAGAAGAGACCAGCUCCAAGACAGGAUGAAAGGACUGAACAUAGAGACCGGAUCCCCUUAUCAAGGGAUGAUGAGAGAAACCAAGUGAGAGACCUGAGUCCUGAACCCCAGAAUGAUGAAAGACACCGCCUUAGGGAACAAAGACAGGAACCCAGGGCUGAUGAGAGAAAACAAAUUAGGGACCAGAGACCAACUGCAACAGAAGAUGAGAGACUUGGAGUGAGAGUCUUAACACCAAGGGAUGAGAGGAGACUCCAAGUAAGAGACGUGAGACCUGAACUUGGAAAUGAUGAGAGAAGCCAAGACAGGGAGCAGAGACCAGCUCCAAGACAGGAUGAAAGGGUUGAACAUAGAGACCGGAUCCCCUUAUCAAGGGAUGAUGAGAGAAACCAAGUGAGAGACCUGAGUCCUGAACCCCAGAAUGAUGAGAGACAUCGCCUUAGGGAGCAAAGACUGGAACUCAGGGGUGAUGAGAGAACACAAAUUAGGGACCAGAGGCCAACUACAACAGAAGAUGAGAGACUUAGAGUGAGAACCCAAACCCAAACACCAACGGAUGAGAGGAGACUCCAAGUAAGAGAUGUGAGACCUGAACUUGGAAAUGAUGAGAGAAGCCAAGACAGGGAGCAGAGACCAGCUCCAAGACAGGAUGAAAGGAUUGAACAUAGAGACCGGAUCCCCUUAUCAAGGGAUGAUGAGAGAAACCAAGUGAGAGACCUGAGUCCUGAACCCCAGAAUGAUGAAAGACACCGCCUUAGGGAACAAAGACAGGAACCCAGGGCUGAUGAGAGAAAACAAAUUAGGGACCAGAGACCAACUGCAACAGAAGAUGAGAGACUUGGAGUGAGAGUCUUAACACCAAGGGAUGAGAGGAGACUCCAAGUAAGAGACGUGAGACCUGAACUUGGAAAUGAUGAGAGAAGCCAAGACAGGGAGCAGAGACCAGCUCCAAGACAGGAUGAAAGGGUUGAACAUAGAGACCGGAUCCCCUUAUCAAGGGAUGAUGAGAGAAACCAAGUGAGAGACCUGAGUCCUGAACCCCAGAAUGAUGAAAGACACCGCCUUAGGGAACAAAGACAGGAACCCAGGGCUGAUGAGAGAAAACAAAUUAGGGACCAGAGACCAACUGCAACAGAAGAUGAGAGACUUGGAGUGAGAGUCUUAACACCAAGGGAUGAGAGGAGACUCCAAGUAAGAGACGUGAGACCUGAACUUGGAAAUGAUGAGAGAAGCCAAGACAGGGAGCAGAGACCAGCUCCAAGACAGGAUGAAAGGGUUGAACAUAGAGACCGGAUCCCCUUAUCAAGGGAUGAUGAGAGAAACCAAGUGAGAGACCUGAGUCCUGAACCCCAGAAUGAUGAGAGACAUCGCCUUAGGGAGCAAAGACUGGAAUCCAGACAUGAUGAGAGAACACAAAUUAGGGACCAGAGGCCAACUACAACAGAAGAUGAGAGACUUAGAGUGAGAACCCAAACCCAAACACCAACGGAUGAGAGGAGACUCCAAGUAAGAGAUGUGAGACCUGAACUUGGAAAUGAUGAGAGAAGCCAAGACAGGGAGCAGAGACCAGCUCCAAGACAGGAUGAAAGGACUGAACAUAGAGACCGGAUCCCCUUAUCAAGGGAUGAUGAGAGAAACCAAGUGAGAGACCUGAGUCCUGAAACCCAGAAUGAUGAGAGACAUCGCCUUAGGGAGCAAAGACUGGAACCCAGAGGCGAUGAGAGAACACAAAUUAGGGACCAGAGACCAACUGCAACAGAAGAUGAGAGACUUGGAGUGAGAGUCCUAACACCAAGGGAUGAGAGGAGACUCCAAGUAAGAGACGUGAGACCCGAACUUGCAAACGAUGAGAGAAGCCAAGGGGAACAGAGACCAGCUCCAAGACAGGAUGAAAGGAUCAAACAUAGAGUCCAGAUCCACUUAUCAAGGGAUGAUGAGAGAAACCAAGUGAGAGGCCUGAGUCCUGAACCCCAGAAUGAUGAGAGACAUCACCUUAGGGAGCAAAGACUGGAAUCCAGACAUGAUGAGAGAACACAAAUUAGGGACCAGAGACCAACUGCAACAGAAGAUGAGAGACUUGGAGUGAGAGACCAAAGUCUAACACCAACGGAUGAGAGGAGACUCCAAGUAAGAGAUGUGAGACCUGAACUUGGAAAUGAUGAGAGAAGCCAAGACAGGGAGCAGAGACCAGCUCCAAGACAGGAUGAAAGGAUUGAACAUAGAGACCGGAUCCCCUUAUCAAGGGAUGAUGAGAGAAACCAAGUGAGAGACCUGAGUCCUGAACCCCAGAAUGAUGAAAGACACCGCCUUAGGGAACAAAGACAGGAACCCAGGGCUGAUGAGAGAAAACAAAUUAGGGACCAGAGACCAACUGCAACAGAAGAUGAGAGACUUGGAGUGAGAGUCUUAACACCAAGGGAUGAGAGGAGACUCCAAGUAAGAGACGUGAGACCUGAACUUGGAAAUGAUGAGAGAAGCCAAGACAGGGAGCAGAGACCAGCUCCAAGACAGGAUGAAAGGGUUGAACAUAGAGACCGGAUCCCCUUAUCAAGGGAUGAUGAGAGAAACCAAGUGAGAGACCUGAGUCCUGAACCCCAGAAUGAUGAGAGACAUCGCCUUAGGGAGCAAAGACUGGAAUCCAGACAUGAUGAGAGAACACAAAUUAGGGACCAGAGGCCAACUACAACAGAAGAUGAGAGACUUAGAGUGAGAACCCAAACCCAAACACCAACGGAUGAGAGGAGACUCCAAGUAAGAGAUGUGAGACCUGAACUUGGAAAUGAUGAGAGAAGCCAAGACAGGGAGCAGAGACCAGCUCCAAGACAGGAUGAAAGGAUCGAACAUAGAGACCGGAUCCACUUAUCAAGGGAUGAUGAGAGAAACCAAGUGAGAGACCCGAGUCCUGAAUCCCAGAAUGAUGAGAGACAUCAUUUUGGGGAGCAAAAACCAGAACACAGGAGUGAUGAGAGAAGGCAAAUUAGGGACCAGAGACCAACUGCAACAGAAGAUGAGAGACUUGGAGCGAGAGAUCAAACCCUAACACCAAGGGAUGAGAGGAGACUCCAAGUAAGAGAUGUGAGACCUGAACUUGGAAAUGAUGAGAGAAGCCAAGACAGGGAGCAGAGACCAGCUCCAAGACAGGAUGAAAGGGUUGAACAUAGAGACCGGAUCCCCUUAUCAAGGGAUGAUGAGAGAAACCAAGUGAGAGACCUGAGUUCUGAACCCCAGAAUGAUGAAAGACACCGCCUUAGGGAACAAAGACAGGAACCCAGGGCUGAUGAGAGAAGACAAAUUAGGGACCAGCGGCCGACUGCAACAGAAGAUGAGAGACUUGGAGUGAGAGAUCAAACCCUAACACCAACAGAUGAGAGGAGACUCCAAGUAAGAGAUGUGAGACCUGAACUUGGAAAUGAUGAGAGAAGCCAAGACAGGGAGCAGAGACCAGCUCCAAGACAGGAUGAAAGGAUCGAACAUAGAGUCCAGAUCCCCUUAUCAAGGGAUGAUGAGAGAAAUCAAGUGAGAGACCUGAGUCCUGAAACCCAGAAUGAUGAGAGACAUCAUUUUGGGGAGCAAAAAACAGAACAGAGGAGUGAUGAGAGAAGGCAAAUUAGGGACCAGAGACCAACUGCAACAGAAGAUGAGAGACUUGGAGUGAGAGUCCUAACACCAAGGGAUGAGAGGAGACUCCAAGUAAGAGACGUGAGACCCGAACUUGCAAACGAUGAGAGAAGCCAAGGGGAACAGAGACCAGCUCCAAGACAGGAUGAAAGGAUCAAACAUAGAGUCCAGAUCUACUUAUCAAGGGAUGAUGAGAGAAACCAAGUGAGAGGCCUGAGUCCUGAACCCCAGAAUGAUGAGAGACAUCACCUUAGGGAGCAAAGACUGGAAUCCAGACAUGAUGAGAGAACACAAAUUAGGGACCAGAGACCAACUGCAACAGAAGAUGAGAGACUUGGAGUGAGAGACCAAAGUCUAACACCAACGGAUGAGAGGAGACUCCAAGUAAGAGAUGUGAGACCUGAACUUGGAAAUGAUGAGAGAAGCCAAGACAGGGAGCAGAGACCAGCUCCAAGACAGGAUGAAAGGAUUGAACAUAGAGACCGGAUCCCCUUAUCAAGGGAUGAUGAGAGAAACCAAGUGAGAGACCUGAGUCCUGAACCCCAGAAUGAUGAAAGACACCGCCUUAGGGAACAAAGACAGGAACCCAGGGCUGAUGAGAGAAAACAAAUUAGGGACCAGCGACCAACUGCAACAGAAGAUGAGAGACUUGGAGUGAGAGUCUUAACACCAAGGGAUGAGAGGAGACUCCAAGUAAGAGACGUGAGACCUGAACUUGGAAAUGAUGAGAGAAGCCAAGACAGGGAGCAGAGACCAGCUCCAAGACAGGAUGAAAGGAUCCAACAUCGAGACCAGAUCCCCUUAUCAAGGGAUGAUGAGAGAAACCAAGUGAGAGACCUGAAUCCUGAACCCCAGAAUGAUGAGAGACAUCGCCUUAGGGAGCAAAGACUGGAACUCAGGGGUGAUGAGAGAAGACAAAUUAGGGACCAGAGACCAACUGCAACAGAAGAUGAGAGACUUGGAGCGAGAGAUCAAACCCUAACACCAAGGGAUGAGAGGAGACUCCAAGUAAGAGAUGUGAGACCUGAACUUGGAAACGAUGAGAGAAGCCAAGACAGGGAGCAGAGACCAGCUCCAAGACAGGAUGAAAGGAUCCAACAUAGAGACCGGAUCCCCUUAUCAAGGGAUGAUGAGAGAAACCAAGUGAGAGACCUGAGUCCUGAAACCCAGAAUGAUGAGAGACACCCCCUUAGGGAGCAAAGACUGGAACCCAGGGGCGAUGAGAGAGAACAAAUUAGGGACCAGAGGCCAACUACAACAGAAGAUGAGAGACUUGGAGUGAGAGACCAAACCCUAACACCAAGGGAUGAGAGGAGACUCCAAGUAAGAGACGUGAGACCAGAAAUUGGCAAUGAUAACAGAAGCCAAGACAGGGAACAAAGACUAGCUCCAAGACAGGAUGAAAGGAUCCAACAUAGAGACCAGAUCCCCCUUUCAAGGGAUGAUGAGGGAAACCAAGUGAGGGACCUGAGUCCUGAACCCCAGAAUGAUGAAAGACACCACCUUAGGGAGCAAAGAUUGACCUCAUCAGAAGCUGAGAGACUGGGAUUCAGAGACCAAGCUGCAGCACCAAGAGAUGACAGGAGAUACCAAGUGAGGGAUGUGAGACCAGAAUCUGGGAAUGAUGGAAGAAACCAAGAUAGAGAGCAGAAUCCAGAUGCAAUAUUGUAUGAAAGAUGGCAACAAAGAGACGACAAUAUCCCCUCUUCAAUGGAUGAUAGAAGACACCAAGAGAGAGACCUGAGCCCAGAACCCAAUAAUGAUGGAAGACAGGAAUUAAGACCAGAACCCACGAAUGGUGUGAGAGAAGAGGUUAGAGAGCAAAGGCCACCUUCAGGAAGGGAUGAGAGUCAUCUCAGAGGCAACAAUGAGAGCAGCUCUGGAAGAAGGCUAUCUGUUAGGGAAUCCAACUAUGAGACAAAAGAGAAGUUAGGGAGAGUACAAGAUCUAAAGCCUUUCCCCAAGCAGGAAAAAGCUGAUCUUGAAGGUCUAGAUCCUCAGGAGUCUGCAUUCACCAGAAAAAUUGGGCCGAUUACCUGUGAGGUAUACUUUUUUUCCAAACAGAACGGUAACUGGUUAUGUUACUGUUUGCAUGAUCCAUCAGGAAUUGGAAAUGCAGGAAAUAAGGAAAUCACUUAUCCAGAUUUGGGGAUGUUUAAGGAUCACAAGAGUGGAGGAAGCUAUGUCAACUCCCCAAUCUGGGAUCCAGAAGAACAGCUGCACCAAAACAAGGAAGAAAGACAGAAAGAUGGUGAUGAUGACCAGCAGAACAAAUCUGGCAACCACAAGUCUGAGAAGAGCUCUGAGGUCUCAAAUGAGUCUAGCUCCUCUGAAGAUUCGUCUUGAAGUCACUUCCAGAUGUUCCAAGAAAUUCUCUCUUUCCAGUUGAUUGAGCUAGUUGAUUUAGGAUUCUUGGCUUUUUCUUUUUCCACGUAUCUCAGACAUCUAGCUAUAAUGUGUAAUGGGUGGAAUUGCUCAACUUUUGGUUUCUGGGACUCUAACAUCUUUAAGGAAUUGCUUAUAGUGGAAAGAAGAAUCAAAUGUUUUAUAAUAUCCUCCAAUAACUCUAUGAUUUUAACUUUAAUGAAUAACUCUCAAAGCUAAUCUGAAGGGACUGCCUAUUCAAAUUAUAAACCUUGUAAAAAUUAACAAUAAAUAAUUAGCAAGCA